AUGGCUUCUGUUCUUGCUAUCGGAGGCGGCGCUGCCGUCGCAGCUUUCUUGGGCCGAGCUGGUCUGGUCGCAUGGCGCCGAUCACGCGGCGGCGUCGGCGCGAUGGGCAAGGCUUUCUACAAGGGCGGCUUCGAGCCCAAGAUGAACAAGAAGGAGGCAUGCCUCAUUCUCUCCCUCCAGGAGAGCGGCGUCACUCGUGACAAGAUCCGCAAGCAGCACCGCACCCUGAUGCUCCUGAACCACCCCGAUCGCGGCGGUAGCCCGUACCUCGCAACCAAGGUCAACGAGGCCAAGGAACUGCUCGAGAAGACGACAUACCACGGGACCAACGGACGGACGGAUGGGCCCCGCCCUUGCCUACUCAACUCCGAAUCCGGAGGGGUUCUAAAAAAGAGGGGGUUCGCGUAUGACUGGGCUGGGAUGGUCUGGUCUUUGGGUAUCGGGGCCUGUUGUAACAACAUGUUUAAUGGCAUGAGACCCUCUCGUCUCUCUUCUCUCCCAUCUACCUUCUUAAACCAUCGAAUCUGCCUUCAUUCUGAACAGGUUGGAAGGGAAAGCAAGCUGGUGGGCGUUGAUGCUCAGUACCUCUCCCUAUCUUACAGCUUGAUGACUGAAGCUUUUGACCUCGCAAACGCUCGGGUUUCGACUUACAUACUUGUGCGGAAAAGUUUGGAAGCGUCCCCCCAAGGGUGCUUCAACUUGUCCAGCCUGCCUAAGAUGUUAUUGAAGCUUUGUUUCCUCUUGCAGCCUACUUCUGAGAACAAUGCUAGAGAAAUGGAGCUGUUGCUGCUCUCAAGUGCUUUCUGGAAGCGUCUGUCUCCAGAAUAUCGUUUGCUCUCUUUGCAGUAUUCACAAUCUCCUAAGGCUGGAUUCAUCAGUAUUAUCGCGCAUUCCGCCUCACUAUUCUACUCAUCUUGGUUGUUCCAUCGUCUAGCUGAGUAUUUCACCUCUUGA